CAAGGACAAGUCCUGUUGCGCUGCGGGAGUCGGCGAACAGGAAGUUCCGGACAGGCGUCAGCCAUAAUGAAAGCGCCAGAACUGUUCUCUGAAGACGAUAGCUUUUAUGUCCGUUUCAAAUGUAUUACUAACAGACCGACUCAGAUUAAGUCUGGGGCUGGUAACAUCAACAGUGAGGACAAACCCAGCCUGCCUCUCUCCUUCCACACUGAGUAGAAACCUACAGUCACUGGGUCCUGAUUGUGACAGUGGAGCCCAGUUUGCACUGCAGGAUCCAGAGAUGGCAUCAGUGAAGCUGGAAGACUGCAGUCAAACACUGGAGCUGAAUGUCAACAUUAAAGAUGAAGAAGAGGAGGAGAAGGUUGGGACAACUGUUAGUCAUGGAGACCAUGUUGAGACAUUGUCUACAUCCAGAGAGCAGCUGGAAGAUCACAGAGCUAAGAGGUCUCACCACUGCCCACAUUGUGAGGAGAUUUUCCCAUUUCUAUCAAAGCUAAAAAUACACUUAAAAAUACACACAGGAGACAAUCUGUAUUCCUGUACUGACUGUAGGAAGAGAUUCACAACAUCAAGGGCUCUGACACUUCAUCAGAGAGUGCACACUGGAGAGAAGCCUUACUACUGCUCGUACUGUGGAGAGAGUUACUCUCAACAGAGCAACUUCAAAAAACACCAACGUCUACACACAGGAGAGAAGCCUUACUCCUGCUGUGACUGUGGAAAAUGCUUUACAACAUCAUCUGAGCUAACAGUUCAUCAGAGAACACACACUGGAGAAAAGCCUUACAUAUGUUCUGACUGUGGGAAGAGUUUCUCCCACCUGUGUAACUUUAAAGCACACCAACGUAUACAUUCAGGAGAAAAGCCAUACUCCUGCUCUGACUGUGGCAAGAGUUUCUCCCGAUUGUAUACCUUAAAAUCACAUGGACGUACCCAUACAGGAAAGAAGCCUUACUCCUGUUCUGACUGUAGGAAGAGUUUUUCUCACCAGGGUAGCUUUAAAGCACACCAACGUAUACAUACAGGAGAGAAGCCAUACUCUUGCUCUGACUGUGGGAAGAGUUUCUCUCAACAGAGCAACUUAAAAACACACCGACGUAUACACACAGGAGAGAAGCCUUACUACUGCUCUGACUGUGGGAAGAGUUUCUCUCAAGAGAGCAACUUAAAAACUCACCAACGUAUGCAUAAAGGAGAGAAGCCUUACAUCUGCUCUGUCUGUGGGAAGAGUUUCUCUCUACAGAACCAAUUAAAAACACACCAACCUAUACAUAAAGGAGAGAAGCCUCGUCAGUUCUCUCAGACCAGCUGUGAUUAAAAUUUAGUGAUGGGGUGAUUUAUAUCUGAUUGCUUGACUUGGACUGAAAUAGGUGCCGACACUUUAUAUUUAGCUUGAGGACCUCCACAAUACUUUUGAGCUCAUCUAUAACAGGAACAGGAAGCAGUAGAACAUUUGAGGGCCUGGUACUCCACUCCGUUAAGUUCCUGCCCAAGUCAAGCACCGGAACUCACAACAUGUAUCAGAUAGAGAUGGUGUGAUGAUCAGUCACCAUUAGUUUGGGGGGGAUUGGUUUUUAUUACAUAGUUACUUGUUUAAUGAUACACAGCCUCUGAAACACCUACAUGUGUUUUAUUAAACUGUCUUUUAAAACUAGGUUAGUUAUUAUAGUUAUUCAUCAUCAAUGAGUUUGGAUAAAUACAUCCAGUGGCUUUACUAGUCCUGGGCUUUCGGGGCUUCAGCCCCUGAUGUUUUAGGCCCCACACUUUGGAUGGUAAAAAAAUAUAUACUGUGUAUCCGUAAAGUAUUCAGACCCUUCCCUUUUUCAUUUUUUUUAACAUCCUUAUUCCAAAAUUGAUAGUGAAAUUUCUUGCAUAUGUAU